AAAUACUUCUCCUCCUAGACUUGACCCAUCAUUCACCAAACCACUCUUUUUCCCUUCACAUUCUCUCACACUGAGACAAAUUAGGGUUUAUGGAGAUGACACCAAAGGAACACAUUGAGAGGAUUCGAAGGACCAAGUUCUCCAUUGGAGGAGAACUCAACCCUCUGCGUGAAGACUUGCACCAAGCAACAAAAAACCUCUCCACUGAGCUUUAUGCCAAAGAUGUUCACUUUCUUAUGGAACUCAUACAAAACGCAGAAGAUAACAAGUACGUUGAAGGAGUGAAUCCAUCACUUGAGUUCAUUAUAACUUCAAAGGACAUAACAGCUACUUCUGCUCCAGCCACUUUAUUAAUCUUCAACAAUGAAAAGGGUUUCGCUCCUGAAAACAUUGAAUCUAUCUGCAGUGUUGGAAAGUCCACUAAGAAAGGCAACAGAAGUAGUGGAUACAUUGGUGAAAAAGGUAUUGGUUUCAAGAGUGUAUUUCUGCUCACUGCUCACCCUUAUAUAUUUAGCAACGGAUAUCAGAUACGGUUCAGUGAGAAACCUUGUCCACACUGUGACAUUGGGUAUAUAGUUCCUGAAUGGGUUGAGGAGAAACCAACCUUGCAUGACAUAAAGCAAAUAUAUGGUGGUGCUGCUGGUUCUCUUCCAACUACAACUCUUAUCUUACCUCUAAAGCCAGAUAAGGUCAAUCCUGUGAAGCAGCAGCUCUCAAACAUUCAUCCAGAAGUGAUGUUGUUCCUUUCAAAAAUCAGACACCUGUCUGUAAGAGAAGAUAAUGAGGACCCCAAGAUCAACACUGUGAAUGCUGUGUCAAUUUCGAGCGAGAUUAACUUUUGCACCAGGAAGAACAUGAAUGCAGAAUCAUACACACUUCAUCUCUCUGCUGAGGAAAAUGGUAAUUCUGAGAAGGAAUGCAGCUACUAUAUGUGGAAGCAGAAGUUUCCUGUGAGGUUGGAAAAUGUGGUGGAAAGGAGAAAUGAUGUGGAAGAGUGGGCUGUAACAUUAGCCUUCCCAAAUCAGGAGAGGCUUCAUAGGGGAAAGAGCUUACCAGGAGUCUAUGCAUUUCUGCCUACUGAAAUGGUAACAAAUUUUCCCUUUAUAAUUCAAGCAGAUUUUGUUCUUGCUUCAUCAAGGGAAACAAUUCUCUUGGACAAUAAGUGGAAUCAAGGGAUACUAGAAUGUGUUCCAUCAGCUUUUAUGGAUGCAUUCAGAACCCUUGUUAUAGGAAGAUCAAAUGAAGCUCCAAUAUCCAGUUUGCCACCCAUCUUCAGGUUCCUUCCCAUUGAUAGUUCUCCUUUUGAAAAGUUAAAUCAUGUGAGGGAGAAAAUCAAAGAAAAAAUUCUCAGAGAAAACAUUGUUCCUGUUGAGACAUACAAGGAGCAGAAGCACUUCUAUAGGCCGUGUGAAGUUAGCAGACUACUCCCAGAAUUCUGGGAUAUUUUGACUGAUGCUCAGGAAGAAAGCGUAUACUUGCAUAACCUCUCAUCUCACAAUGAAAGAAAAAUCUUGAGUUCCUCAUUUGAUAGAACUGAGUAUGAUCACAUUCUCAGCUUUUUAGAGGUUAAACAAGUCAGCACUGAUUGGUAUGCAAAGUGCAUCCAGAGUUCUAAUCUAGUGCAUGAAGCAUCAGAAGUUCUUUAUCUGAAGCUUUUACUGUUUAUCAUUAAAAACUGGUCAAUAUUUACAGGCUCCAAUAUGAUGGACAUUCCAUUAAUCAAGUAUGUGGAUUCUGAUAAUAAUUUGUCCCAUUUUACUCUUCGUCAAUGCAGCAACGGUGCCAAGCAAGUAGUCUUAACAGAUUCAAGUCAAUCUAUUCCGUGCUCUUGGAUGAUUGAUUGGAACAGCGAGUUUUCAUGUAAAACCUCGAGAUUCUUUAUGCCACAAGUCACACAGGAAGCUAUCUUUCAGUCACCACGCAGGCAGACAUUGUUGGAAUGGCUAGAAAAUCGAGUCAGUGUCACUACUUUGAAUAUGCACACUUUUGCAAGAGUCCUUUGUAGUUCUAUAAACAAUCACUCCAAGCUUGCCAUUAAAUAUGCCCAUUUCUUAUACCACUCUUUCUCGAAGAGAUAUUUAUCAAGUAGUGAGGUUCAAGGUUUGUGUAGUUCCAUGGCACUUGUGGACAACUAUGGGCAUGUGAUUGGAUCCAGAAAAGGGGUUCUUGUGCCUGCAAGUGGGAGCAAAUGGGCAGAGUUGAUUGUAUCUAAUCCAUGGAGGAACCAGGAUUAUGUUGAGCUGGGAAAAGAGUACUUGCAUUCAUUGGAUUGUGCAGGCCAAUAUACAGAAUAUGGGAAGCUCAUAGAUUUCCUGAAAAAUUAUGCUGAUGCUUCUGAUAUACCUAAUAUAUAUCCCCCAAAUGCUGGGUUUUCCUCUGUGCAAACACUACUUGAAAAAGAAAAUGCACUUUUGCUUCUGGAUUGGAUUCGAGGACUGAAGCAACGGGGUAGGAAUCUGCCAGAGAAGUUCUUGAAAUGCAUAAAACAAGGAAGCUGGCUUAAAGUUACAGUCAAUGAUUGUGGACCACCUUCGAAGUCAUUUUUAAUUGGCUCAUCAUUAGGAAGAAUUUUGCAGAGCGGUUCUAUUCUUGUUGACAUUCCACUGAUUGAUGAGGGCUUCUAUGGGAAUCAAAUAUCAGAGUACGAGGAAGAGUUGAAGACCAUUGGGGUGAUGUUCAGCUGUGAGGAAGCAUGUGGAUUCAUCGGAAGAGAGCUAAUGUCCCGUGCAACUUCUUCCACUUUGAGCAGAAAUGAUAUACUAUCGAUGCUUGAAUUCAUCCAAUAUCUGAGGCAAAAUUAUCUUCCCUUAGACCAGUUUGUGAACUGCAUCAGAGAGGAAAGUUGGCUACGGACAUCUCAUGGUCUAAGGUGUCCUAUUGGAUCUGUAUUGCAUGAUUCAGAAUGGGCAGUUGCAUCUCAAGUUAGUUCAAUCCCUUUUAUUGAUAAGGCUUAUUUUGGUGAGGACAUAUAUAAGUUCAAAGAGGAGCUGAAGUUGCUGGGUGUGAUAGUUGGCUUUGAUAAAAACUAUCAAGUGGUCAUUGACCAUUUAAAAUCACACUCAGAUUUGGCCAAUUUGUCAGCUGAGGCUGUUCUUUUGUUAAUCGAAUGUGUAGAAUUCUCGCGUGGCUCUAGUAGUAAACUCAUAAAUUCACUCAAGGGAGCAAGGUGCUUGAAGACAAACAUGGGUUUCAAAACUCCUGGUGAAUGUUUCUUGCGUGAUCCUCUAUGGGGUUGCAUUCUGGAGGUAUUCAAUGGUCUUCCUAUAAUAGAUCAUCAAUUCUAUGGAGAGAAAAUUUUCUCUUACGACGAUGAAUUGAAGCAAGUAGGGGUGGUGAUUCACUUCGAGAAGGCUAUAGAAAAAUUUGCUCAUCUCUUCAAACAGAACGCAUCACAAGGUUCAUUUAACCAAGAUCGUGUUAAGUCAUUUCUUUCAUGUUGUAGGGUGCUGGAGGGAACUGAAUACAAAUUUCCUCCUGAAUUCUCUAACAUCAUUCGUACUGAGAAAUGGUUGCAGACUAAGGUUGGUAGUCGUAGGUCUACAAGAGCAUGCAUUUUAUAUGGUCCAGAGUGGAAAGCUAUCUCUUCAAUAGCUUGUCUCCCUUUCAUUGAUGACAGUGACAAAUGGUAUGGUGAGGGAAUACAUGAAUACAAGAAAGAGCUGAAGGGAAUUGGUGUUGUUACUGAGGUAAAAGACGGGGUGAAGUUUGUUUUUAAAUGUUUGAAUUUUCCUUCAGAUACCUCCACCAUUACUCCUGAAAGUGUUUUUUCCUUGCUGGAAUGCAUCCGUGUUCAAAUGAAAGGGGUAAAUUUCACCAUUGAAGAAGACUUUAAGAAAAGAUUGUCUAGAAAUUGGUUGAAAACACAUGCUGGUUAUAGGUCUCCAGAUAAGUGUUUGUUGUUUGAUUCCAAGUGGAAUAAGUACCUCAAGCCAACAGAUGGACCUUUCAUUGAUGAGAAUUUCUAUGGACCUGUAAUUUCGUCUUACAAGAAAGAACUCAAUGAAAUUGGAGUCACAAUUGACGUUGAGAAAGGGUGCCACUUGAUUUCUAAUCACCUUGACUAUCUCUCUGAUUAUGACACCAUUGUCAAGAUAUAUGGGUACUUGAGUGAACACAAUUGGAAAUUAGAAGAUAAAGCUGCCAGAAAAAUUUGGAUUCCUGAAAGUGCAAUGUGGGUCAGUUCUGAACAAUGCGUCAUACAUGACCAAGAUAAUCUUUUUGGUUCAAAAUUUCAUGUAUUGGAAGAUGUUUAUGAUGAGAAUAUUCUUCCAUUUUUCUCCUUUGCCUUGGAAGUCCGGAGCAGGCCCUCCCUUGAUGAUUACAUCAAUAUUUGGAAUGAGUGGGAAAAUUCAGAGGAAGAGUUGUCACCUGACCAAUGUUCUAAGUUCUGGGGGUUUAUAUUGAAACAUUUGACCUCAAGAUCUGAGAAGAAACUUGCUAAUUGCUUGGUGAAACUCCCUGUAACAUCUGGCAACAAUGAAAUAUUUUUGUUAAACAAGAAUGAUGUUUUCAUUCCUGAUAACCUUCAUCUGAAGAAGCUUUUUGAGCAGGAGAAAGUCUUUGUCUGGUAUCCUCAGAGCUUGGCACCAUUGACCCGGUGUGAGUGGUUUGACAUAUACAGAAAAAUUGGUGCUCGAAAUAUCUCUGAGUCUGUAUGCAUGGAAGAGUCAUCCUUGAUCAACGGUGUUGAACUCAAAAAGGUUGAUCCUGGUCAUAUUUGUAAUGUGAAGGUGCUGGCUAAGCUUAUUCUUGGUUUCCUUUCUUCUUCUAGCCUAAAAAUGGAACCAAACAAGAGGCAUGAAGCUGUUCAAGAUCUGCUGAACUUGACUUUCUUUGAGAUAAAUGGUGCAGUCACUGCAAGUUACACUUUGGCAGUAUCAUCUGGGGAAAUCAUUGUCAAAAAGGCAAACAAAAUGGUACGGUGGCAAAGACAAAGCUCCAAGUUUUUCACCCAAAUGAACUGGCAAAGUGAAGAUGCAAGUUUGCUGAAAUAUGCUACAUACUUCUCAGAAGCCAUAUCAGAGGGUGUUUUGCAAGAGCAUCAUGAUCAUGUUCCUGAACUUUCUAAGCUCAUCAGAUUGGCUUUUCUUCUGAAGUUCAACAGUGGGGAAAUUGAAUUUCUUAUGGAAUCCAACAACUUGCACUGUGAGGAUGAAGACUUCCUCAGUUCUUUCUUCCCUUCAAACUAAGCUUCUCCGUAAUUUUAAAUGUUUUAAUGGUUUGUUUAUGUUGCUAUAUACUAUGAAUAUGCACAUUCAUAAAUUAUGUUUAAGUUUUUUUCCCUUGUCUAAGUAGUGUGUGAUUACUUAAAUGACCAAAAGUAAGGUUUGGUAUUGGCUGUUAAGACCUGAAGAAAUCUUAGUUACUCAAUUUCAUGGUCAAUGCUUUGUUUUUAUUGUAUGGCUGAAUAGUAUUUGUGUAUAUAUUCACAUGCUAUGUCUCUACUUCUCUUUGA